GAAAACAUGCUCUUUCAGUAUCUUAUAACAUUGGAUUUUAUGGUUGUUUUAACCUUCGAAACGUCCAUUUGUUUAACUGACUGCACAUCCAUGGACACAAACCGUUUUGGUGAGUUCCACGCUGCACGUUUCUCGCUCUCUCUGAUUCGCUUCCUAUUUUUGUAGCCUGUACAAUAUACGUUGGGUUCAGUUGCCUCCGACUUCUAUACUGUCGUAUUUGACACGUCUUACGUGUCAUUGCUUACCGACUAGUAUCCCAGGCUCCGCCCAACAAUUGGUGACCCCCUGUCAGGAACACGCCGCCCGCCAUUUUGCAUUUUCAUUCUGGUGAGCUCGUUCCAGUGAUUUUGUGAUUCAUUACUUGUGAUCAUAUUGUUUUCUCACCUUUCACAUUUUUACCUGCAUUUUGCAAUGGAUUAUCUAGAGGAUAAGCCAUCUCCAUGCGCGGCUAACGCCGUUCAGCCUGUCAUGGUCAACUCUGUUGCCUUAACUCCUCCCUCGUUUUGGGAGAAUGAUCCUUUAUUAUGGUUUCUGCACCUAGAAUCCGUAUUUUAUAUUCGUAAGCUUUCUUCUGAUUUCGCCAUGUAUAAUCAGUUAAUAUCUUGCCUUCCUUAUAGUAUAUCCUCGCAGGUGAGAGACAUCAUACUCUGCCCCCCUCUAGUAAUGAAAUACGAGACACUUAAACAGGCUAUUAUUCAGCGAAUCACGCCUUCUGACAAGGUCCGUCUGCAGCAACUAUUUAGUGAUCUGCAGCUAGGAGAUAGGAUGCCCUCAGCCUUGUUGCGCGAAAUGCAACAGCUCAUCGGCACGUCCAACAUGGACGUAGGGAUUCUCCGCGAGCUGUGGAUGCAACGCCUUCCUGAAAGCACACAGGCUAUCCUUGCAGUAGCAAGUGACUUGCCCAUCACAGCAAUUGCAGAUCUAGCAGACCGCGUCAUCGAACGGCACCAGCCAGAGACUGAAAUCAAAGCACUUAAGCAGCUUUGCGCUGGCGCAACCACGACAGGCGCGACUAGCCCUCCGUCGGCAAUAGACGCAUUAUCAUUGCAGAUAGCGUCGCUUCAGCGCCAGAUCAAAGAACUCACCUUAAAACGUAAGCACCGCAACCGCUCUGGAUCAUCGCCUCGUCGCACAAAACCUGAUGCCUCAGGUUACUGCUUUUACCACUCGCGUUUCGGUACUAAAGCAUGUAAGUGCGUACAGCCAUGUAGCUACUCCGCUAUAGAUGAUUCGCCACGCCGGGCUGUAAUGGCUACGAACGUCGGCAAAGCCCAAAGUCGUCUCAUCUACAUUAGGGAUUAUGACUCCGAUACCCAGUUCUUAGUUGAUACCGGGGCGGAAGUCAGCGUCAUUCCCUCUAUGCCAGGUGAGCCUACCGCUUCUCUGUCGACAAGCCUCAGUGCCGCCAAUGGCACGCCAAUAGCCACCUAUGGUCAGCGGUCACUUACCCUGGACCUAGGUCUUCGGCGCACUUUCCGCUGGGUAUUCACCGUCGCUGCAGUCCCCUUUGCCAUCAUCGGCAUUGACUUUCUCAGGCAUUUCGACCUCUUGGUCGAUGCGAAACGCCAGAUGAUAGUCGACACUGCAACAAAACUCAGCGUACGUGGCAUCACCGCCGAUGUGACAUCUAUAUCCCCGGUCUAUGCAUUUCCCCAGACCUCGUCAGCCUACGGUAAUCUCCUUUCUCAGUAUCCCAAGCUCGUUCAGCCAAUGAACGCAGCUUUGCCCGUGGCAGCUCAAGUCACGCACCACAUACGGACGAAUGGCCCACCGGUGUCAUGCCGUCCACGCCGACUAUCGCCCGAGAAACUAAGGGUAGCUAGGGCGGAGUUUGAGCACAUGCUUGAACUCGGAAUAAUCCGCCCUUCCGACAGCCCUUGGUCCUCGCCCCUACAGAUGGUGCCCAAGAAAUCUGGUGACUGGCGUCCUUGCGGUGAUUACCGCGCACUCAAUCGCCUAACCGUCCCAGAUAGGUAUCCCAUCCCACACAUGCAGGACCUUACCGCGUGCCUCACAGGUAAGACGAUCUUCAGCAAGAUCGAUCUGGUUCGCGCCUAUCACCAGAUACCUGUGGAAGACAAUGACAUUCCUAAAACAGCCGUAAUCACUCCUUUCGGUUUGUUUGAAUUUUUAAGGAUGCCAUUUGGACUGUGCAACGCCGCACAAACCUUCCAACGCUUCAUCCACGAUGUCACUCGUGGCCUAGACUUUGCAUAUUCCUACCUCGAUGAUAUCUUAGUAGCCAGUUCAUCGGAACAAGAGCACCUCGAGCAUCUUCGAGCUCUCUUCCAGCGCUUGACCCAACACGGUGUCACAGUCAACCCGACUAAGUGCGAACUCGGCAAGUCAACGGUAGAAUUCCUAGGUCACCUUGUUUCAUCGUCUGGUAUCGAAGUCCUUCCUGAUAAGAUCCAGGCAAUCAAGGACUUCCCAGCUCCGACUUCCUUCAAGCACCUCCGUCGAUUUUGUGGUUUGGUCAACUACUAUCGACGCUUCAUUCCGCGCUGCGCUCAGCUCAUGCAGCCACUGACAGACAUACUCAGAGGAAAUGAACGUAAGUUCGCUUUCCCUGACACAGCACAGGCAGCGUUCGUCGAGCUCAAGGAUGCUAUCUCCAACAUAGCCCUCCUCGCUCAUUCCGAAUCGACUGCACCUCUUUCUAUUACGACUGAUGCCUCAGACGUCGCAGUAGGAGCCGUCCUCCAACAACACGUUGGUGGGCGCUGGCAACCCCUUGGGUUCUUCUCCAAGCGCCUGCAGCCAGCGGAAUCCCGCUACAGCACGUUUGGCAGAGAACUGCUGGCCAUUUACCUAGCGAUACGUCACUUCCGGCACACACUUGAAGGCCGCGCUUUCACGGUCUACACUGACCACAAGCCCCUUAUAUUUGCCUUCAACUCUGCUAGCGACAAAUACUCACCACGGGAAACAAGACACCUAGACUUUGUCACGCAGUUCACUGCUGACAUACGUCAUGUCUCAGGUGUCGACAAUCCCGUCGCCGACGCUCUCUCACGCGUCAACCUCACUCUGCAGUCUUUGCCUACCGUCGACCUUGCCGCAAUGGCAUCGGCUCAGGCUCAAGACGAGGAUAUACAACGCACUCUGCAGUCCACUUCGCUGCAUGUGCAACCUGUUCCUCUCCAAACCACGGAAGGAACCAUCCUCUGUGACACGUCCACAGGUUGUCCUAGACCUCUCGUGCCCGUCUCCUUCAGACGCACAGUCUUUGACGCACUUCACUCACUGUCACAUCCCGGUAUCCGUGCAUCUUUGAAACUGGUCACCGAACGUUUCGUUUGGCCACGCGUAAACAAAGAUGUUCGUACCUGGGCUCGCGCCUGCCUUCAAUGCCAGCGCUCCAAAGUACAUCGUCACACCCGCAGUCCUCUUGGUUCAUUUCCUGCCCCGGACUCUCGGUUCUCGCAUGUACACUUAGACCUGGUAGGUCCCUUGCCUCCGUCACGCGGAUUUGUAUACAUUCUUACAUGUGUCGACCGCUUCACCAGAUGGCCAGAAGCUAUCCCCGUAACAGACUGCACAGCUGAGACUGUUAUCCGGGCCUUCUUGGACCGAUGGGUCUCGCACUACGGAUGCCCAUCCACCAUCACAACUGACCGAGGAACGCCUUUCGAAUCUUCACAAUUCGAUACGUUCUGCAACUUCUUAGGUUGUCGCCGCAUCCAUACCACAGCGUAUCACCCAGCAGCCAACGGGUUAGUUGAACGUUUCCAUAGACAGCUUAAAGCCUCGCUCUGCGCCUCCUCCGACCCUAGCUGGAGCGAAAACAUUUCGCUCGUUCUCUUAGGCAUUCGCAGCAGCAUCAAAGCUGACUUGCAAUGUGCACCAGCAGAGCUGGUUUACGGAACGACGCUCAAGUUACCAGGAGAAUUCGUUUCACCUCCCGCAUCGUCGGGUAUGCCUCCGCCUAACUUUGCGUCCUCCCUAGCUCAGCGCAUGCGUUCACUACGCCCGACCCCGCCCCGUGAACAGACUAGAGAUGUGCAAAUGCACAGCGGACUCUCUACCUGCACUCACGUCUUCCUCCGCACCGACGCAGUGCGGCGCCCUCUCCAGCCUCCCUACACUGGCCCUUUCAGAGUUCUACAACGGACUCCGAAACAUUUUACUAUAGACCAGAAUGGUCACCGAACAACGGUGUCCAUCGACCGCCUCAAAGUGGCUUUCUUUGACGAGCCACUUGCAGCUCAUCCUGAUGCUCUCUCACAAGCACCCGCACCUGUGGUGACUUCCCGAGCACUGGAUAACCCGGAUCCCUCCGUACCCCUUGACCCGCAACCUAUCCCGCCGCAACCCCAGGCAACCGACCGACGCGGUAGACAGGUCAAACGUCCGGUCCGUUUUUCCGAUUUUGUAAGCGUUUGCUAUUUCCAUUAACACGCCUUUUUCGUCUUUAAUGGUUCUCCUGCGUCUCACCUACAAACGUUUUGCAAAAUCGACAAAAAAAAUCCAAAACAUUUUAAAAAACCUAAAAAGCGUAUUUGCUUUUAUCAUACAUGCCAUGUCCCCUCUCCGGCGUCAAGCCACUUCCCCUACCCUUGCCAACCCCCUCUGAGUUCUACCUUCCAGAAACUCAACUGCCGGAACUGCCCAGGCAACCCUCGAGUGACUCGCCAACCGGCUCAACGCAACCCUGGAGUGACUCGCCAGCCGUCCGCACCCAAGGAACAGACUGUCGCCCUCGAUCGCAGACACCCACGAACGAAUCGGUCCCCAAACGCCGCUUAGGCAUUGCCGACGAGGACGCCGGAUUUCUUCGUGGGUGGAGGACGCCCGCAUUCCUUCGUGAGACGAGCACGCCUAGAUUUCUUCGUGGGACGAGGACCGUGGACUAAAGUGCGGUGGGGGGAGUGACACCUCCCAAGCGCACCGUCGGGUCUGCAGCAAUGGGAAGGUCCUGUCGGCCAUUUUUCUGGACUAGCCAGUUUUUUUUGCAGUCCGACCAGCCCGCCCCGACGGCCCACCGAUGAUGCACUCUGGUCCACACGAUCGUCAUAAAUAAAACUAACAAAAGCCUGGACCCAGCGAAAUCUGCUACACCCCACUUUGGAAGCUAUUCUCAAGCCCCUGCAAACAUUUGCAUCCACCCUCACCUUCCGUUCCCCCCACUAACAGCUCCAUCGAAGGCUUCCAUCCUUCAGCCUUCUAGGGGGAGGCCCUUGUAGUGCAACUGAAAACAUGCUCUUUCAGUAUCUUAUAACAUUGGAUUUUAUGGUUGUUUUAACCUUCGAAACGUCCAUUUGUUUAACUGACUGCACAUCCAUGGACACAAACCGUUUUGGUGAGUUCCACGCUGCACGUUUCUCGCUCUCUCUGAUUCGCUUUCUAUUUUUGUAGCCUGUACAAUAUACGUUGGGUUCAGUUGCCUCCGACUUCUAUACUGUCGUAUUUGACACGUCUUACGUGUCAUUGCUUACCGACUAGUAUCCCAGGCUCCGCCCAACA